UCCACCCCCUCCUCCUAUACUGUUACACAUACCAGGCUGUCAUACCAACAGCCAGCAGCCAUGCCUUGAGCAGGCUCUUCCGUGCUCUGACGGCGGUCUUCCUUCACCUAAUGGAGCAUUUGGGCACCAGCUGGCAGACCGCGGGCAUCGCAGCAGCUGAUGCUGACUCUGCCGCAGACGUCGACGGCAGCGACGGGGCAGGGGGGAGGAUGGAGAGGACGGUGCCCAGCGAACACCAGGACAGGACCAGCAACCAGCAGCAGCAAACGUCCUCAGCGCCGUCCGGGGUGCUCGAUAAACUGUUCGGGAAACAACUUCUGCUGGCCAGACACUAUAUCAACUCUCGCAAGUCCUGGUUAAAGAUGGUUCCCACAGAAAACUGUGACAUCCUCAUGACCUUUUCAGAUACAAUAGAUGACCACACUUUGCUGUGGCUCCUGAAUCAAAUUCGUGUUGGAAUCCCACAAGUCAGCAUCCAAGUCCGACAGCAUAAACACACCCGGGCCCAUGCCUUCUUCAUCACAACAACGUAUGAAAACUUACUGCGAGGAGCUGAGCAGAUGGGCAUAUACAAGACUGUAAAGCCACAGUUUGGUGGUGGGAUGCGCCGCUUUUCCUGGGAGGAGAACAAUAUCUAUGAGAACAUAGAGAGCGAGCUCUGCUUCUUCACCUCACAGGAGCGUCAGAGCAUCAUUAAGUACUGGCUGGAUAAUCUGCGUGCCAAACAGGGAGAGAUGCUUCACAACAUCCACUUCUUGGAGGGACAGCCAAUCAUUCCAGAGCUAAUGGCUCGGGGGGUGAUUCAUCAGAUGUUUCCUCUUCAUGAGCAAAGGAUACUCAACCAGCUGAUGACGUCUUGGGUCCAGGCUGUAUGUGAAAGGCAGCCCCUUGAUGACAUCUGUGACUACUUUGGAGUGAAGAUCGGCUUGUAUUUUGCUUGGCUGGGUUUCUACACCAACUCCAUGCUUUACCCUGCUGUCAUUGGCUUUCUUCUCUGGAUACUUGCAGAAGCUGACCAGACCAGCCAGGAUAUCUGCUGCGUGGUUUUUGCCCUCUUCAAUGUCGUUUGGGCAACUUUGUUUCUGGAGCGCUGGAAGCGGCGAGAAGCGGAGCUGGCCUACAGAUGGGGCACUCUGGACACCCCUGCUGAGUCCUUGGAAGAGCCCAGACCCCAGUUCAGGGGUGUGAAGCGCUGGAGUCCCAUAACUGGCUGUGAGGAGUUCUACUACCCUCCCUGGAAGAGAGCUCUGUUCAGAUGGCUGGUCAGCCUGCCGGUCUGCCUCCUCUGUCUUUGCUUCGUCUUCCUCGCCAUGCUCUUCUGUCUCCAGCUGCAGGAAGUGGUGAUGGAGAUUCAGGAGCUGCCUGGUAUUACCAGGUUCAUCCCUAAGAUACUCCUGGCCAUCACUGUAACUGUAUGUGAUGAGGUGUAUAAGAAGAUUGCCUACUGGCUCAAUGACAUGGAGAACUACAGGCUUCAGAGUGCCUAUGAGAACAAUUUGAUCAUCAAGAUGGUUUUUUUUGAAUUCAUCAAUUCUUACCUCAGCCUUUUCUACAUUGGAUUCUACCUCAAGGACAUGGAGCGACUGAAGGAGAUGUUAGCUACUCUGCUGAUUUUCCGCCAGUUCCUGCAAAACAUCAAAGAAGUCCUUCAGCCAUAUCUCUACGAACAAAGCAAGCUUGGUGUCUUCACUCCAAAGAUGUUGUGGGAGCUCCUCCAAGCAAUCAUUCUCAAGUAUGGGCGCCUGGCUCUGGGGAGGGCACAUGCCUCAAUGACAUCCUAUUCAUUUUUGAGUCCCACGUGGAUGUCAAACAGUCACGCAGCAAACUGCAACCAGGAGCUGAGGAGAAGAGGUGAUCUGAAAGCUGGUUUCAGGCUUUCAGAGGAAGAGUGGGACAUGGAUGACAGUGUUAUGAAGCAUCGCAAAGUCAGCUUUACAGAGAAGCUGGACUACAAGAAUGUCAAGACGGAGACCUACGCUGUGGAGGACAGUUUCCUGGAGGACAGUCCAACACUGGUGGAAGAUGGGAUGGAUCCAUCCAGUGUUUUUGACAGUUGUGAUGAGGAUAGUGAUUGUGAAUUGUUGUCUCAGGAGACCAAGGAGACUGUUAGUGUGUCCUCUUCAAAAGAAUUCGACUAUUUCUAUCAGAGAAGAAAGAACGUAGGUGAGGGUAAAGAUGACAAGAAAUCUUGGAUGGAUCCACCAGAAGAACCUAAAACUGUUGCUUUGACCCAGGCUGAGAUUGAGAGUUGUAUGCAGACAUAUGAGGGAACACUUCAGGACUACCAGGAGAUGUUCAUUCAGUUCGGCUACGUGGUGCUCUUCUCUUCUGCCUUUCCCCUUGCAGCCAUGUGUGCUCUUAUCAACAACAUUAUUGAGAUACGAAGUGAUGCCCUGAAGCUCUGCACCGGCCUUCAGAGACCCUUCGGACAGAGAGUGGAGAACAUCGGACAGUGGCAGACUGCAAUGGAGGCCAUGGGCUUAAUAGCCAUAAUAGUUAACUGUUACCUGAUUGGUCAGUGUGGCCAGCUUCAGCGUCUGUUCCCCUGGCUGAGCCCUGAGAUGACCAUCAUCUCCAUUGUCUUACUUGAGCACUUUGCAAUCCUUCUAAAGUACAUCAUCCAUGUCGCCAUCCCUGAUAUCCCUGGCUGGGUGGCAGAUGAGAUGGCCAAGCUAGAGUACCGACGAAGGGAAGCUUUCAAGAAACAUGAGCUGCAGGCACAGCAGCACUUCCAACAGCAGCUCAGGCGCCGGCGGGAAGAGGAGGAGCUUCACCGUCAGGCUCAGCUGCAGGCAGAAGCUCGUCACGAGAGCGACUACCACAAGGCAGAUAUGCAGCACCAGCACCACCACGACAAAGCACAGGGAAGCAAGCCUGGGGACAAGCCCAAAAGACCCAACUCUCUGCUGGGAAAUAACAACGUGAUGAAGCUGAAGCAGAUUAUUCCUCUUCAAGGAAAGUUCUCGUCCGGUACUUCACGGUCACCAGCUCAGUCCCCAACAGGAGGCGAAGCAAAGCUCCCUGGGUUUCUGAAGUUCUUAAAAUCACCUGAGGUGAAAAAAGAGCCAGCAGUGGCAGUAGGAGCAACACCAGGCUCUGCGGUAACGUCUUCAGCCCCCCCUGGUGCCCAGGAAAGGUCACAAUCCCCAAACAGGACAUUUAGUCCAGGAAAGCUGUUCAGUUUCAGCAAAUCAGAGGGUACUGUGGUGUGUGCUAAUGGGACACAGCAGCUGACUCAGGCUGCUAAUUGUCAACCCAACAGGGCUGAUUUAAACACAACCACAGAGGAAAUACCCUCAAAUGAGUCAGAUAAAGGAGAAUCAAGACUACAGACUGAUUUAGAAAACCCAAAGACUUAAUAAAUGAUCAGCCACUGCAAUGUCAUAUUAUAAAGGGAGUAAAAUGUCCAAAUCAUGCACAAUUUAGAGGCACUGAUGCACCCAUGGUUUAGAACCUGUUAAACCACAAGGACCACAUGUAAUGUCAGCAAGUGUUCAGCUUACACUCUUGAUGCAACUUCAUAAAGUGUGGCACUGUCUGUAUGUACACCUAAUUAUCUAACCUCCAUGUAAAAACUGUACAGUAAGUUUCACUGAUUCUGUGGGGGUUCACUAACAUCUGCUUAAAGCUAAAGGACAGGAUGACAACUUGUUCUGAGACAGUACCAGAGCCAGAAAGGGUUAAUGUGGUGGACCUUUGCUUCAGAAUCCAGAACCAGGACACUAGAAAGGCAUUCUGUUUGUCAAAGAACAAAAACAGCAGCUUCCAGGUCCAGGCUGGUUUCUCAAUUUGAUGCCAGUAUUGGAUGCAUGUUUCCAUGUGCAUGCGUGACAUGUUCAUUGUGUUUUUAGUUGCAACGCACGUUCAAAGCCAUGGAUUCUUCUGCAGAAGGUCAGAUAUAGUCACUGUGACCAUGAAAAAAAAAAUCUAUUUUUCAAAUCUUUAAUUUUCUCUUAAUUAAUUUUACUACAUAAAUUAGUGAAUGUAACGCUGAAGCAAAUAAAUGUCACUCAAGUCAA